CAACUUCCACUUCCCCCUCCCCCUUCUUAAUCCCCCUCCCAUCUCUCUCCUCUCUCAAACUCUCUCUCUCUCUCUCUCUCUCUCUCUCUCUAGAUAAUUAAUUAUUUGAUAUGGCUGAGGAACACCAGAAGCCUGAGGCUGCAGCUGCGCCAGAAGCACCACCAUCCGAGGAAGUUGUCGUGGUGGCUGAUGCCCCGCCUGCGGACAAGGCUGUGACCGAGAAAGAAGCGGUUCCGGUUCCAGAGCCGGAGGCCGAGGCAGAGAAGCCGGCUGUGACGACGACUGAGGAGGUGGAGGACAAAGCUGCCCCCAAGGCUGACGAGGAUAAGAAAGUCAUCGCUCAGUCGGUUUCUUUCAAGGAGGAGAGCUACGUUGUCGGGGAGCUUCCUGAGCCGCAGAAGAAGGCUCUUGACGAGCUGAAACAACUCAUUAAGGAGACUCUUAACAAGCACGAGUUCACUGCCCCGCCGCCCACCAAGGAGGAGGUGAAGCCUGUGGUGGCGGCGACUGAGGAGAAAAAGGAGGAGGAGAAAACUGAAGAAGUACCACCCAAAGCUGAAGAAGAACCCAAAACGGAAGAAGCCUCCGCGUCCGUUACUGAAGCCAAAGAAGAAGCAAAAGCAGAAGCAGUAGAAGAAGCCAAAGAGGGAAAAAAACCAGAAGUAGAGGAAGAGACGGUGGUUGUGACGGAGACUGUGGUGGAGAAAGUUACAGAGACUGUUGAUGAUGACGGCGCCAAGACUGUGGAGGCGAUUGAAGAGACCAUCGUCGCAGUAGUCCCUGCUCCGGCUGCAGAGGAGGAAGCAGCCCCAGCUAAAGAGACCGAGGUGGCUGCUACAGAGGCCGCUCCCGCUGCUGCAGCUGCGGAGGAGACCAAAGCAGAAGCUGAGGCUCCAGCUAAGCCACCUGUCGCACCGGAGGAGGUGGACAUAUGGGGAAUUCCGCUUCUGCGAGACGAAAGGAGCGACGUGGUUCUGUUGAAGUUCCUGAGGGCGAGGGAUUUCAAGGUGAAGGAGGCGUUCACCAUGAUCAAGAACACCGUGCGGUGGAGGAAGGAGUGGGGCAUCGAGGGGCUGCUGGAGGAAGAUCUGGGAAGCCACUGGGACAAGGUGGUGUUCACUCAUGGAGUCGACAAGAAAGGCCACCCUGUGUGCUACAACGUGUUCGGGGAGUUCCAGAACAAGGAGUUGUACCAGAAUACUUUUACGGACGAAGAGAAGCGUUCCAAGUUCAUCAAGUGGAGGAUCCAGUUCUUGGAGAAGAGCAUCAGAAAGUUCGACUUCAAUCCGACCGGGAUUUCGACCAUCGUUCAGGUCAAUGAUCUCAAGAACUUUCCUGGGCUUUUCAACAGGGAGCACAAUCAGGUCACCAACCAGGCCCUUCAGCUGCUUCAAGAUAACUACCCUGAGUUUGUAGCCAAACAGGUGUUUAUCAAUGUGCCAUGGUGGUAUCUUGCUUUUAAUAGGAUGAUCAGCCCCUUCCUGACCCAGAGGACCAAGAGCAAGUUUGUAUUUGCUGGUCCUUCCAAGUCUGCUGAUACCCUUUUCAAAUAUAUAGGCCCAGAGCAUGUGCCAGUCAAGUAUGGUGGGCUAAGCAAGGAAGGUGUUGAAGGUGAGCACGAAUUCACCACAUCGGACCCUGUCACUGAGGUUACCGUCAAGCCAGCAUCCAAGCACACCGUCGAAAUCCCCGUGUCUGAGUGUGGGGAGUUUUUGGUGUGGGAAGUGAGAGUACUAGGGUGGGAAGUGAGCUAUGGAGCUGAAUUCGUGCCAAGCGCGGAGGACAGCUACACCAUAAUCUUGCAGAAGACAAGGAAGGUUGGAGCAGCGGAUGAGCCGGUGAUCUCAAACACCUACAAGAUUGGCGAGGCGGGCAAGGUUGUGCUCACCAUCGAUAACCAAAGCUCGAAGAAGAAGAAGCUCCUCUACAGGUCCAAGACCAAGCCCUCCGUAAUCUGAUUCAGCAAACAAACACAUUCAACUCUAUGCCUUAAUUCAUGCUCUCUCUCCGUUUCACCGGUGCUCGCUGCUUAGCUCUCAACACUUCCAAUGAACAAAUAGAAACACAUUCAUCUGCAGCAGAAUAAACGACUCGUCUGAUGUUUAAAUACAGGGUUCAUUUAUUUAUUUUCUUCUUCUGGUUGAUAUUUGUUUUUGUUCUUGCAUUGUAUGUGCCUGAAGGUUUUUUUAUUUUUUAUUUUUAUUCAUAUUUGUUUUAGUGAAUGGGGUUUGUCGUAAUUUUAGUUUUUGGAUUGUAAACAAUAGUGAAAGAUGAUGGAUGAUGAAUCUUUGAUGUGCUGUCUGCUGUGAUGGGGGAAACAUUUGACAGCAUAUGGUUAUGUCUGCUGUGAUGUGGCUGUAAAAUUAUAGAUUCUGUGUAAA